AAUUACUCAGUGGGUAAUUUGUGUAAAAUUAUCUAUACACCAAGGAUGACUGUAUGGCAGUGCUACCAAUACAAAUCAAGCUUAGCUGUUUUCUCCUUUUAUAUGUGCCAUUCAGAUCUGACCAUUUUCCAAGCAGAUCUGGAAUCUAUCAUUUACAGUGACUUUUAUGUUAAAUGUGUAUUUAAGCAUCUCAUUAAUGCAAGCAAAUGUGUUUGGAAAUACUCAGUCCCCAGCAAACAAAAAAAGGGAUUUUUUUGCAUAUAUUAUUCCAGUUUUUCCUGAAUGGACAUUAGUCACAAAUUCGCACACAUGAUUAAGUAACGAUUCCUCAAAUCUGAGUGUUUGAUUUUACCUUGACGAGCGGCUGCACGUUAUCACAAGCUGAGAGGGGGUCACAUUCUGCAUCACAAGACACCCAAGUGGAAGCAGCCGACGCAAGACCAAAAUGGUUCAUGCGGUGUUUUAUGUGGUCUGAUCAGUGGUAUACCUGCCAAAACAUCAUUAGUUCAUUCGCUCGGCCUUCCUGCUGUUAGACAUUUAUCCAAAAAUACUAAUUUUCAAUGCAGCAGAUUCAUUAAUUUAAGUUAUAAACAUAAUACAAGGAUAAUUAUUACAUCCAUAUCAAUAUAGACUUGAUUAUUAGCAUAAUGAAAUUAUUACUGAAUUUAAUACCCAUAACCUUACGGACAUACGCACGCAUAACCCACCCUACACUUAGCGUCUGCAAACGCUUCGAAGGCUUACAAAACGCACGUAUUAAUACUUCUUGAGAGUUCAGACUUGAAACACUUUUGGUGCCGAUCGAUUCAGCUCAGUUUAUUUUUAUUACACGCAUUUCCAUGGCGCUUAUCGACCGUAGCUCAUUUUCGCUUUCUAAAGGUAUUUAUUCCAACAAACGAAUAUCUGUUCUGCACCGUUAUGAUAGCAUGAUUGUUUAAUUGCCGUCGUUGUUUCUGAGAGUAUCUUAAGGUAGGCAGUAAGGAAUCAAUUUCCAAGAAAAUGGUGGUGGAGGAGAGGAACGAAUGUACCGCAUCUUAUUUUGUGAAGGAGCCCAGGGUGCAGGUUUCAUCGCGGCUCAACGUGCGGACGAUGAUUCGCUGAUCAACUGUGUGUGCCCUCGAUGGCCUGGCAAGAUGGUCCCGGGUUUCCCCUGCCCAUGAAUCCUGGGUUAGACUGCGAGAUCGUACUGGACGAGGAGAUAUGGAAGCACGGGGACCAGGGAACCGGCUGUCCCGUCAUGUGCACGCGAUCGGACCCCGAUGGGCAGGUGUUCCCCAACAAGGACGCCCUGAACGGCCAAGACGGCACAGAGUUCAACGCGGACGACGCAAUGGUGGGCCCUAAGGACUCUGGGACCAGCAGGGGAGGGAGGCCUGGUGACAAGGACGAGACUCUCCGAGGACUUUUUGUGCCCAAAGAAAAGUGUGCUGCGACAAACCCCUCGGUGACGUCUGAGGUGUCCACGCGCUCCCCUGCUUCCCUGAAUGAGGAACAGUUUGAGGACUACGGGGUCGGUGAGGACGUGGACUUCACCCCCAGCAGCCCAUGUCCAGAUGACGAGACGCGCACCAACGGAUACUCUGACCUGGGCUCCUCGGUGCCCUCCAGCGCCGGCCAGACCCCUCGCAAGAUGAGGCACGUAUACAACAACGAGCUGAUGGACGUCUACUGCUCCCAGUGCUGCAAGAAGGUCAACCUCCUCAACGACCUGGAAGCACGGCUCAAGAACCUGAAGGCCAACAGCCCUAACAGAAUGAUCUCCAGCACAGCAUUUGGAAGGCAGCUCCUCCACAACAGCAACCUGAGCAGCAGCAAUGGCAGCACGGAAGACCUGUUCAGGGACAGCAUCGACUCCUGUGAUGCGGACAUCACGGAGAAGGUGAGCUACUUGGAGAAGAAAGUGACAGAGUUAGAGAAUGACAGCCUGAUGAAUGGGGAUCUGAAGUCCAAGCUGAAGCAGGAGAACACGCAGCUGGUGCACAGGGUUCAUGAGCUGGAGGAGCAGAUAAAGGACCAGGAGGCUCGGGCAGAGCAAUCUAUGGAAGAGGAGCUGAAGAGGCACCGUGACGCCUACAGCAAGCUGGAGAGGGAGAAGAACACGGAGAUCGAGCUGCUCAGCAACAGACUCCAGCAGCUGGAAGAGGAGAACGGGGAGAUGAAAGUCAACCUGUGCAAGCUGAAGUCCCAGACAGAGAAGCUGGAUGAGGAGAAGCAGCGAAUGACUGACAAGCUGGAAGACACCAGCCUGCGCCUGAAGGAUGAGAUGGACCUGUACAGGAAGAUGAUGGACAAGCUGAGGCAGAACCGGCACGAGUUCCAGAAGGAGCGGGAGGCCAUGCAGGCUCUAAUCGAGGACCUGCGGCGAGAGCUGGAACACUUGCAGCUCUUCAAGCUGGAGGCCGAGAGGCCUGGAAGGGGGCGUAGCUCCUCCUCGAGCCUGUCGGAGUUCAACUCCAAGAGCCGCGAGCUGGAGCUGGAGAAUGAUAACAAGCGUCUCAAGCAGAAGAUAACCCCCCAGGACAUUUCUUGUGAGCUCCAGCAACUUGUUUCUGCUGGAGCACGACUCCUUCCCAGUCUUAUGGAGAACCAGAAGCUUCGGGACCAGAAUGAAGACCUUAAUGGGCAGAUUCUUAGCCUGAGCCUACAUGAGGCCAAGAACCUCUUUGCGACCCAGACAAAAGCUCAGUCAUUGGCUGCUGAGAUAGACAAUGCCUCUCGGGAUGAGUUGAUGGAAGCCCUGAAGGAGCAGGAGGAGAUCAAUUUUCGCCUCAGGCAGUACAUGGACAAGAUUAUCUUGGCUAUCCUGGACCACAACCCUUCCAUCUUGGAAAUCAAAGACUAGAUUGAACCUGUUUGGGAGGGCCACAAUAAGCAGGCACUGCCCCCAACAGGCUGGGAGUAUAAACUGCACAGUUGCAGCCACUGGAACCGGAGUCCUUUUGUGUUUACAGAGUUUUGGGACUGUUGAAAAUUGUGAAUCACAAAAAUGUUCAUGUUUUUCAUGCACUUUUCCCCAUUUUUGUUCCAUUUGGUUGUCACCACUGCUGUAGUUUUUAUGGGAAUUUACUGGAAAAGCAUUUGGUAUGAGUGGAUCGUGAGAAGCAUUAUCUUUGAGUUUAAAUAUAUACUACCUCUGGGUAUGUAAGUGGUAUGGUAAAAAAGAAAACCUGCCCUGUGCUUAAAAGAAAACACUUUAAACAAUGAAAAGAUAUAUAAACAUGGUUAAUGGUAAACAGUGGUUGUAGACUAUGGUCUGCCGGAGGAGGGUUGGAAUAUGGAGUAGAGCAAGUUCUGAAAGUCAAGUAAGGAGGUAAACUGGAACAUGCGUGUGUGUGUUGGCACCAGGGUGAAGCUAAGCAGAGAGCCCAGGUCUGGUGAGAUGGGGCUGUAAAGCACUUGGGAUAUCGGCCACACUGUGGUCACGCUCGUGGGGAGAUGCAGGGUGAGAUGGGAUGGUUCCUGGGCAGGAUGAAAUAUGCAGGGUGGAUUACAGGGAGCAGCACAGGAGUACAUCAGGGGAAGAUGGAGUCUGGUCUGUUAGAGGACUGAAGGUGAUCGGUUUCAAUAAGUUUUUUUUCAGCCUGUUCUCAGGCUUAUGAAGCCAUUUAGUGCAACAGAAGGAGGUGGAAAAAUGAGUCUCUGCUGUUAGUCAUACUAAAAAGGCCCCAAGACAUGCAAUGGUGCGCAUAUUCCUUGUGUGAUUGGUUAUCCUGUGAUAACCAAUCGACAAAGACCAUUCCCUUCUAACUGGUUAUUGAACUUGAGGCUGAGUGAUUGUAAAGAGGCAUGCUUGCUCUGGCUCACUUUGAUAUAUAUCUUUUAAAUUAUUAAGUGUGCAUUAAUGAAACAUCAAGACAUGAACAGAUCUGGAUCCUUUAAGGAGAGAGUAUUCUCAGAGUGUUUUGUUUGUUUGGAGCCAGAAGUCAGUCUUGAAUGGUUUGGAUGUGUCUUUAUUAGUCAAUUGUUGCUGUUGGCUCCCUUAGUUCAGCACCAAGGAUACUGCAAAAGCUCAUUCUGCAGUCUGCAGUAAUGGAUUGUGACUGUGAAGAGUCCUAUCUGCUUUGUGAGCCAUUCUUGGGUCGUCAUGCAUCAGUAGUGCUUCUGGGUUUAGGCACGACUGGUGUAACCAUGCACAAGCUCUGAGCAGACCUAAGCAAGGGAACAUUUGACUCACCCAGAGAUAAUGCUGGAGGUUUUACUUCUGUGAAUGUGAAUGCUGGCCGUGAAAUCUGAGAAGAGGCAUUAUGUGAUUUAUUCCCUGCGCAUGAAUUUCCUGGGUUCAGUGGGGGGGGACAACCGCUGAGGUUACCAGAAUGUCCUGUGAACUGGUGUGGGUGGCAAGACAAAGUAGUUAUACAUUUACCAGCAGAUGAAUGUAGAACAGUUGAUUUAACUGUAUAGAGGGAAGAAUUAAGAGAUGCAAGUACUUGGGCAUACUGUUACAGUACAUACAUUUAAAAACAGACUUGAAUAAUAGUUAUUUGAGGAAAAAAAAAAGUUUAUUUUGUAACAAGUCUUCAAUGUGUAAUAUAAAAGCAGAAAAGAAUGUUUAUUUUCCCACAGAUCUAUACAUUAAAUCUGGAACAUGUAUAAUUAUUGUUUUGGUCUUUCUUGUGGUAUUGUUCCAGAAGGUUCUGACAGAUACAUUUAUGUGAGAAGGGCAAACCAGCACUCUGUACUCCGGGUUGAAUGGGAACAAAGUGUCUGCUUUUGUCUGUUACUCCCCUACACAUGGUACUCUCACAUGAGGGCCUGUCGGUUCGGCCUUCUGUGAAGACAGAUGUGGCUCAGCAUUCACCUGUUAGGCAGGUAGGGAAGCUCCGUCCAGACCUGCCAUCCUGGAGUUGGGCGCAAGUGGGAAUUUGCUGGAAUGUAGCAAGACUACAUGUCAUGGUCAAGGGUCACCAAGUACGGUGAUGUGCACCCUGCUGUAGGUAGGCUGUGGUUGGCCUUCCACGUUUGAGUUUGAUGGAAGGCGUGAGCUUUCUUGUAUGGAAAACUGGACAGGGGGACACAGUGUUCUGGAACGGAAACUUGAAAAUGGACUAUUUACAGAAAGCUUGUCUGAAACAUUUUAAACUUUUCAUGUUUGUAGUGGUAUCUGGGGAGUGAUUACAUUUUCUUACCAGAAUGUAAUCUGGGGGAGAAAAUUCUUUGUAGGCUAAGAACUAUUAUUCUGCAAUAAACAAAUUUAAAACUCUGUGCUGGCAGGUUGAAUAAAGGUCAUGUGUGGGUCGGUGCAAAUUAGUGUGCUCUAAAUGUCACUGAAUGUAUCACCAUUUCACUGUAGUCUCUGAAACGGCUCCCUUGUUUGAAUUUUUUUUUUUUUUUUUACUGUGAUGAGACAUUUUGUGCAUCACCGUAUUUCAAAAGAUGUUUAAGGGUAAUAGUUACAUUUAAUAAUCUACUGUGAAUCAUUGUAGUUUUGCUAUGUUGCACAAAACACGUUAUUCUGCAUGUUCUAGGGCUUUUGUGCCUUCUUAACAAGUGACAUUUUCUAAUUUUCUGUAUCUGGCUGCAUAGAGCUUUUUAUACGCAUUUAGUAUGCAUUUAUAAUAUGUGUGAACAUAAUUCAUAACUUGUAAAUAUUGUACAUUAAAGUUUCUACUUGUAUUCAUGUGCCACCCAAAGACUUUUAAAAACAUUUUUUUUACUAUUUUACUUAGAAAACGGGCAAUAUGAGAGCAUCUUGCGUGCAUAUACGAGACUCGCAGCAAAAUAUUUUGAUAUUACUUGGUUCUAAAACCUUGUAAUUUGAGACUUGUUUUCCAAAAUGAUUUUGUCAGCCCUGUUCGACUUAAGGUAUGUUUUUAGUUUUGGCAUCAAAUAAGUAUCCCCCUUUUUGGUUGCGUUUCUGUCUAGCAGACAAUACUUUUCCCCGUACCAUCAGUAGCUGCAAUCUCUGCUUGUCUUCAGUUUGUCCCCGCAAAUUUCAUCCCACGUCCUUUUGAUAUAGUAAUGGACUUGUCUCAUGUCUUCCCCUGAACAUUACAAAAACUCUCCAAAGGUGUCUAAAUGACGUACAAAAUAUUAACUGCGAUACAUGUUAUUGCAGUGAAAGGAAAUUCUUGGUGGUGGCACUUGAAUUCCCUCUUUCUUUCUGCGCCAGUCCAGUGCAUUUUCUAUUGGUACACCAGUUAAUAAAUGUGGUUUGCAAACUACCUAUAUUGAU